AUGGCGCCGCCCCCAUCGUCGUCCUCCGCGUCUUUGUCGCCAUUGACCGAGGCCAGAUCCCCUUCGGUCAAACCGCCGUUGUCGAGGGCAGGCGCGGUGCGGUGGCUACACCCCAACAGCCACCAACGCGUCACGAUCCGCGUGAACGACAUACGCACGAUCCACAAGUGCACGGUUCACGUGCACGCCUACCGCUUCGACGACUCGAUCAUGGUCCAUCCUGAGUAUGCCAUCUCGACGGAAUUGGUGUUUACUUGUCGGCAAUUCCCUCACAUGGCGUUCUUGUCGACAUGGACAACAUGGAGGACGUUCGACGAGUUCCGAGUCCUCGACUACCAACUCCGCCAAAUCCCCGUCCACAAGACGGCAACUGCCGAUGCCAACGAAAAUGCUGACGACGAGGCGAUGCCGCCCCCGCCGCCGCUGUUCUCGUGGUGGCGAAAGACCACCUCGACAAAUCCUGGCGUGAAAGAAAUCGUCGAACAACAUCCUAUGCUUGCCAUCGCACCUCUGCGUCUGCAUCGACGAAAGCGAUGGCUUUUUCAACACAAAACCAAAGCAUUCAUGGCCCAGCGCCUUGGCGAAUUGGAAGCGUAUUUGCAAGCGGUAUGCGGUUCAUCCCUGCGCCUGCUCCACUUUUUGGACAUUCACGCGCCGCCGUACAUACGAUACUUUUGCAACUUUGAUGCUGGGUUUGGCGGUAAGCUCCAAGUGACGGUGUGGAAUCCGUCGUUAGGGGUCGUCGAGAAAGACAAACUCGACUUGCUCCAGAGCUAUCUCCUGGACGAUGCCGCUCGAGGCAUAGCCUUGUGCUCCGCGUACGGAUGCAAAUGUCACUUUCAGUCGAUCGGAGACAGUCAUCGCGGAAUGCAGACGUACUUGGCAGCAAAGCAUCUCCAAGUAGUGCCAUGGAACUUGACCGACCUCCCAGACGCCCUCGACAUUCGCACCGCGUACAUGUGCCUCGUCCAAGAGCUGUACACGGCAGAAGACAUGCAACUCGAACUAACUUCCCUCGAGCAUCUUGGUACCCACGACACUCGACGAAAACGGAUGGCGCCGACGAGUCCAGCGACGGCCGCUGCAGACAAACUGCGCAGAUACAUGGCGAAUUACGGGAUUUUGCACGCAGAAGCCAUCGCGUCCUGCGUCGGAAUGAACGUCAUUGACGUGAAGAAGGCAUUUCACGUUGCCAAGAAGCCGAGUGAGGUUCGUGUCGGAGCGCUGGCGCUUCAAACGCUUGCCACGAUGCUGAAUGUGACAAUCACCCUCGUCACGAACGACCAUCGACACACUGUUCGAACAGUAGCGCCGUGGAAGUCUCUACCGUCGCUGGUGGAUGGCCCCCCACGACACCUCAUGUGGAACUACCUUCUUCCGACGACCCAGUACAUCCACGGCCACUACCGCAUCUUGCAAUCCCAAGCGUCGUUGCCUUCCCAAGUCCCAAGCAAGAUGUCGCAUCAAGAUUGGAUCGUAGUCGACGAAUUGUUUGUCCGGUCCAUGGUUCGCGUGAUCGACGCCAAUGUGAUUACUGUGGUGGAUUCGGACGACGUCGCCGCCGACGUCCUCCAACAAGCGAUUUUGGAUGCUGUCUGGCUGGCUUGCGAGCACAACCCCAAACGAUUUCAAAGCUUUCUGUGGACCUCGAAACAGUACGGCACGUCCCGCAUGCCAGGUGCCACGUUCUUUGCGUUUUUGGUAAAGUUGUUUCGACCCGUCGGCGCAGCUUACAUCACUGACUUCCUCGUGCACGUCUUGCCUCUCCCCAAGAAGCGUCAUGCCCUCAUUCGCGCCCGUUGGGCGCGAUUCCACACGGAGCUCAUGGUAAAGCGUGCUUCAUUGCGCCACCUCGCAGCGCGUUAUUCCUUGUCAUCUUCUUUCGACUCGUCGUGCGUCGGCUCGUCCAAUGCCUCCACCGCCUCCUCAACUCCAACAAUUGUAUAGUGACGUGUGCAUCAAAGAUAUUUAUUAUCACAUGAG